CCUUUCCCAAUCUAUUAUACGUGUCUGAUGUAUUGUAUCUAUUUUAAAAAAAAUGAAAUAAUGGCAGAUUAACUGAAUGCUGUUUUUAUUUUCGAGUGAUUGAGAUCCCUUCAGGAAGAGGACCAUCUCUAAAUACAACUGGGUUUAAGCAUAGAGGAUAAAAUGAUCGUUGCAUCAGAGUUGUGGCUGGACCAAUUACAGGAAUACGAUCAAAAUAUGACAUGCCUGGUUGUGACAUUUGGGACUCUUGGGACAAGCAACAGUUUUCCAUACCAAGGGUGUAAUCACGUGCAGUAUGUUGUCUCUGGAUGGCCAACAGACUGUUGAUUCUUCUGUAUUGGGAAGCUGCGGCCGAAGAAAGACCAGUAAAUGAUGCAGUGUAUAGUCCAAGCAAAAUGGAAUCAUUAAUGAAGAGAGAAUACGAAAGUCCUAGAAAUAAACCAGCACGGUAUCAGUCAAUCCCCAAUUCUAGGGACAAAAAAGCUCUAAAACGAAUAUUUGGAAAGCUUAAUCGUGGAAAAUUUGGUAAAGGUCCAAUGAAAAAACCAAAGCGGCCGAUAAAUAGACGACGUUCGAAACGCCCUGGUAAGAAAAACCCAUUCUAUCGGUCGAAAUACAGAUUACCAAGACGAAAGCUGCCAGAUCCCAACCAGUAUGAAUUACUGACCAGACCAUCAACACAUAGCUGUAACUGUCCUUACGAUAGAUCGAUCUACACUAAAAGUACUUACCGCCGCCGGCGCGCUGUCGACACGUUUUUGGAGGACUAUGAAUCAUACAACAACAGGACCAUUCGCAGUGCCCAUCCUGUACACAGAAAACCUUUAGCUCCCCGCAGGGGUAAAAUGAAUAGAAACAAGUUUAAGAUGCGUAGACCCAAAUCAGCAAAAAAAUGCGAAUUCAAGGAUAAGAUCAAGUGUGACGAAACCCGUAAAUACAGAACCAUCGACGGCAGCUGCAACAAUCUGAAAAACCCGUAUUGGGGGAUGGCAGAGACUCCCCUCAUUCGAUUUGUUUGCUCUGCUUACGACGAUGGUGUUAAUGCGCCAAGGAAAAGAGGUGUAGUUGGUCCCCUACCGGAGCCACGGGAUAUAAGACUAAAAAUUCACGAAAAGAGCCUUCCGCGCCAUGAACUGAAAAAAUUCACCCAUUUCCUGAUGGCAUUUGGGCAAAUGUUAAGCCACGAUAUCUUAGAAAAUAUCGUAUCAGAAACCCCUGACGGAGAUGACCUUGACUGCUGUGGUGUCCAUAGAUCAGACCCAAAUUGUAUCAUGCCCCUAAAACUCAGAGAAAACGAUCCCUUCUUCAGUCGCUUCGGCAGAACCUGCCUGAACUUUGCCCGAUCAGAGCCCUCGCCAGAUUUAAAUUGUAAUUUCAAGGUUCGCCAGACCAUCACGGAAUACACGCAGUAUAUCGAUGGAUCAUCAUUCUACGGAUCUGACGAGGAAUCGUACCCAGAUUUACGCGAGUUCGAAGGAGGACGCCUGCGCACGCAGGAUCACCCUAAUGGAGAAGGAAAGCUAAUGCCGACAGCAGACGAACCGGAAGAUGGAUGUCGUGAACCCAAUGGCUUCAAGUGCUUCUUGUCAGGUGAUGGUAGAGUCAACCAACAGGCCACGCUGACAGGUCAACACACCAUCUGGCUCAGGGAACACAACAGAAUAGCUAAAAUUCUGGAGGCAUCAUUUGCGAGCUGGGACGACGAGAAAAUUUUUCAAGAAGCUAGGCGAAUAGUCGGCGCCAUGUUUCAGCAUAUAACCUAUACCGAAUACUUACCAUUGAUCCUCGGCAAGAAAAUCAUGGAGCGUUUUGAUAUAAAACCUAAAGACAAGGGAUAUUUUUUUAAAGGUUAUGACCCUUGUGUGAAUCCUAACAUCCGCCACGGCUUCAUGGCCGCCGCUUUUCGAUUUGGACACAGUAUGAUUAACGACCGAGUCGGAUUGAAGUCGGCAAGCGGGCAAUAUAAGCGUCCAAGAUUUAGGGAAUUAUUCAACAUACCCGAUCCUAUGUACCAGAAGGAAGGGGUGGAGAAAGUGAUGAGAGGUCUUUACAUUGAGCGUUGUCAGAGCGUAGAUAGGUUCAAAUCAGUUGAAGUUAGCAAUCACCUCUUUGAGAUCGGUCAGGGAACCGGAAGCGACCUCGUUUCCACCAACAUCAACCGCGGGCGAGACCAUGCUCUCCCACCUUACAUGGAGUUUAGAAAAAUGUGCAAGCUAUACACGACCAACAAGUUUUCUAGACUGGUAGAUCAUAGCCCCAAAAAUAGGAUACUUCUCAGUCAAGUUUAUGCCCAUGUUUAUGACAUGGAUCUGUUCAGUGCCGGAGUUAUAGAAGAACCGCUGGAUGGGGCGUUGGUGGGUCCCACAUUUGCCUGUAUAAUUGCGCUGCAGUUCAAAGCUCUCAAGUUUGGAGACAGGAUGUAUUACGAGAAUGAACAGCCUAUCACGGGAUUCUCUUUGGCUCAACUGGAUGAAAUCAAGAAAACCACUCUAGCUCAGGUCAUCUGCAGAAAUACGAAUAUAGGGAAGGUACAGAGCGACGUCUUCAUGCAUGGUUUGCCGGAAGUGAACUGUAACUACAUUAUGGACGACAUCGACUUUUCCCUAUGGGAUGACACUGCUUUACCAGGUUAAUUCAAGUACAGGAAAAAUCCAAGAGAUACACCCCCAAACGCGUUACAUGCUAAGGAUGACAGUGUACAGCAAAACCGCUGUAAUUCGGAUAUCUUGCAGACAGAAAUGUGGUGUAUUCCGUACAUAUAUUUCAUUAACAAACUUUGAAUUUAUCAACAACAACAACAAAAGUCGGAGCUUGCCUGAUCCGGGUUUGUUUUAUUUUAUCCGGUUUAAACAAGUGUCAAUGUAUUUACUCAAACUUUACAUAUUAAUAAAAAUACUGCUGGAAAGAUGAA